AUGGCCUUUACGACAGCAACAGGUGAGAUCACGUACAAGGCUGCAGUCGCCCAGGUUGCUGAGCAUUAUGGCCCGUCAGUUGUUGAGGACUACGCCCAGCGUGCUUCCGCUAAUGGUGUUCAAAUUCUAGUGUUUCCUGAGAAUGGCCCCUAUGACACGGAGUGGCCGUCUCCCGAUCCAGACAAGGAUCUGUGUGACCCAGAUGACCAGGGGACAGUUAGCAGUCUGGCGUGCAUUGGGAAGAAAUUCAACAUAUAUUUGGUUUUUCAGGGCAACGAUGUUCAGCCGUGCAACUAUGUGGCGCCAGGUCUUUGUUGGCAGACGCAAUCGCCAGAAGGGGUGGUUCGACCUCUGUACUACUUCGACGCGACCGAAGUAAUCGCUCCGAAUGGCGCUCUAGUGACCAAGUAUUACAAGCACACGCUGUUUCAAGACACGACGAAUGGGCUUACGCAGACGGUCCCAGAACUCAGUGAGUAUUUUAACGCCACUGGGGUAUUCGAAGCGUUCGGUGUCAAAUUCGGUAUAGUGAUUUGUUUCGACUUGACUAACCGGGCUCUGCUAACGUCCUACGCCAAUCAGGGCAUCACCGAUAUCGUCUUUUCCAACACGUGGUACGAUGGCGAUGCGCAACAGACCAUGGCAAAUUUCAUGGCAGGUCGACGCGUCCCAGAAAGCGUCGACGCCAGCACUGAGAACCUGCAGUCUGCAGUGUGGCCCGAGGUGGCCGACGUCGAGGAUUGCCUGGGCCUUGUGGUGGAGCCAUUCCUGACGAUGUUCGUGGUCGGCAUGGGCGAGACUUCGCCUGCUGACAUUUUUGGACCCGCCGCGUCAUACACGAAUCCAAAGGUGGCCGAGUUGGUGGAUUCGACGGGUUUCGCUGGGAAGUGUCUGCGGCUGAAGUCUCCUGGCGUCGGCAUCUGGAACAGCACAAUCCAGACAGCCGAUGGGGCGGCAUCCUGCUCGGUCUCUGCGCAAGUGACUCGCGCCGCGCCGAACGGGAGCAAGGUGACCUACUUGUUGCGAGCGUUCAGCGGGAAGGCGUGCAAGUACGAGGGCCACGGCUGUAAGCUUGAAUGCAUGGAGGUCGAAGGCCUGGAAGAGUGCAACAGGCCGUGCUGCGAUCUCUUCCAGGAGGCCCUGGAGGAGCUCCACGCAAACGGCUCCGCCACCCCCGGCGCGGGGCCCGCCUGCGGCGCGGCCAUGGCGAAGGUGCGGCUCCAGUGCGAGUUCUGCUUCCUCUGCAAGGCCUUCGUCGGCCCUCUGGCAGCAGCAGCCGCCGCCCCGCCUGCAGGCGCCGCUGCCGCCCACUCCGCGGACGGUGGCCCGCCGCGCCCUGGGCGGUGGCCCACGGGCCCCGCGGCGGGCGCUGCCGCGGCGCUCGGGGCCGCCGCGGUGCUCGGAGGGACCGCGCUGGCGCUCGGGCGCCGGGGCGCGGCCCCAGCGGCGGCCAGCGCCUCGGCGCCG